AUGCACGCUAAUGUAUCCGGAGGAGACCGUUCAGGCGGGAAAUCAUGGCAAAUCCCUCCGGACGAAACACUUCAAAUUGGCGCAGAUAAGAAAGACAAAGACCAGGAUCUUUAUGGAUCUGAUGGUCAUAAUUGGCGUAGUAUCAUCUUUUCCUUAUUGGUUAUUGGUUUCGUCAUAGCUGGCAUUGUAACAGCAAUUUAUUUAUUAGGAUAUGUAGAUGAGUUACUUUACUGGUCCGGUAAGCGGAUGAAAUUUGAUGAGUAUUUGCAAAACGAAAUAUCACCGAAACGUUUACCAUCAACGUGGGUUACGAAUACGAAAUUUGUAUAUCAAUCGGACGAUGGAAGUCUUGCAAUACUUGACACUGCCAAUGAUUCGGUAGCCACAUUGGUAACGAAUCAUACUUUGAGGCAACUAAAUGUCCAAGGUUAUCAGUGCACCAGCGAUCUGCGAUAUGUACUAUUUACUCACGAUGUAAAAUUUAUCUAUAAGAACUCUUAUACAGCGUUAUUUACCGUCUACGAUGUAACAAAUGAUCAUCAUAUGCCUGUCCGCCUGAAAGAUUCGCCAAAGACUCAACGCAUGCGAAUGCAGCAUGCAGAAUUUCUUGGAAAUACAACGACAUUAGUUUUAAUACACGAAAAUGACAUUUAUAUAAGACAAUCACCAGCAGAUGAAGAAGAUAUACGUUUAACGAGUACCGGUGUGGCGGGACUCAUUUAUAAUGGAGUCACCGAUUGGUUAUAUCAAGAGGAAGUUCUAAAAUCACAAAAAGCGAUAUGGAGCUCAAAUGAUGGUUUAUUGCUUCUAUAUGCUUCGUUUAAUGAUACCAACGUUGGUCAAAUGGUUUAUCCAUGGUUUUCAUCAAAUAAACUUGUUCUACAAGCCGGCGGUCUAACGAGUAAGGGCUCAUUUCCUGAUGCACAAAGUAUUCGUUAUCCAACACCUGGCACUUUAAAUCCAGAGGUAACGCUAUGGCUUCUGGACUUAACCAAUUUCACAGAUGUACAAAAGUAUGAGAUUAAGCAGCCAGCUUCGUUAGAAGGACAGGAAAGCUACAUAGUUUCCGCGAACUUCAUUACAACACCAGCAGUAGUGCAAUCGGCAUCAAUUGUGUGGAUGUCCAGACCGCAAAAUUACAGCGUCGUUUCUACAUGCUUUUCACCUAAUUGGACAUGUGUGGAGACACAUUCUGAGCGAGCGCCAGAAGACGAAUGGCUCGACAUUUUACCUCAUCCCGUUUUCUCACUCGACGGCGAUUCAUUUAUGCUUUUGGCAGGCAUUCAAGAAACGGGCACAGAACAUUUUACACACAUCAAACAUGUUACGAUAACACAACAACGAAUUUCCGUCAUCUCUCAUGGACGCUAUGAGCAACAUCAAGCAGUCGUCACAAAUGGAAUACAGCACCAGGUUGUAAGAAUAUUGGCUUGGGAUACAUUUAAUCAUUUAGUUUAUUAUCUCGGUACGCAAGAUAAGAAGCCUGGUCAGCAGCACUUGUAUACUGUAAGAGAUCCUGUUAAUGAGGAUCCUAGAAGUUCAUUAAACAAAAUAGACCGGACGGAGCCACAAUGCAUAACUUGUGAAUCAAGUGAAACAUUAUGGAGAAGUAAAGAUUAUUAUAGCAACUGCACACAUUUUGAAGCGUACGUUGCUCCAAAGUCUUCCAUUACAACAGAUGCAGGUGUCGAUUACUACAUCCUUGAAUGUCGAGGUCCUUCAUUGCCUUUUGCCGGUGUACAUUCAGCAAAAUCACACAAACUUGUUAGAAUCUUAUAUGAUACACGAAAGCAAUUUCAAGAUAAACUUCAAUCAUUGGCUCUACCGUCACAACGUUCAUUUGAAAUUUCAUUAACACAUGGCACGCGUGCUGCUGUACAAAUGCUAUUUCCACCUAGUUGGCGUGAGGAACUUAGAGAUGCCGCAUUUCCUGUACUUGUCGAAGUUAACGGUAAACCGGGUGAGACAUCCGUAGUUGAUGAGUUUCGAAUCGAUUGGGGAACGUACAUGUCAAGUCACAAUGAUAUUGUAUAUAUACGACUGGAUGUGAGAGGCGCCAAAGGUCAGGGAAAGAAGAAGCUGUUUCGCCACUUGGGCGGUGUUGAAGUCGAUGAUCAGAUUGCGGCUGUAGAGCACCUGUUGAACAAUAUGAAAUAUCUGGAUAAGUCGAGAGUUGGUGUAUGGGGAUGGGGUUUUGGAGGUUAUGUGACAACAAUGAUACUAGGAUCCAACAAAAAAGUAUUCAAGUGCGGAAUUGCUGUGUCACCGAUAAGUGAUUGGAUAUAUUAUAAUUCAGCAUUUACGGAACGUAUAAUGGGAUUGCCAAUAGAAAAUUAUAAAGCCUAUGUCGAGGCAGAUGCGACGCAAAGAGUUAGAAAUAUUCCAAGUGAUUCGUACUUCCUUAUACAUGGACUUGCUGAUGCAACAGCACCUUAUCAUCAUAGUGUACAAUUAGCUAAAGCCUUAACAUCUGCCGGUAAAAUAUUCCGAUAUACGUCUUAUGCUGACGAAGGACAUGAUUUAAGAGGCGUACAGGAACACGUUUACCGUUCAAUGGAGCAUUAUUACCGUGAUUGUCUUAGUCUAGAUUCCGAUGUGGAGGGACCGAAUGAAGAUCAUGUUCCAACAGAGCCUAUCAAAUUUAUCAAAUACUUCUUCCAUGACAAAAAUCAACCAAAGUCAAUAAUCAUGGAUUGA